UGCCCGCACCCGAAGUGUGGCAAAACCUUUACUCGCAAGUACAACCUCAAGUCUCACGAACGCACACACAUGGAUGAUCGUCCAUAUGCCUGCGAUCAGUGCACGCAGAGGUUCAGCCGGAACCAUGACCUCAAGAGGCACAAGAAGAUCCAUACUGGUGUGCGUCCGUUUUUGUGCCCGGUUUGCAACCGCGGGUUUGCUCGUGCUGAUGCUCUUAGCAGGCAU